GUGUUCCAUUAUCAACCUGAUCAUACUGAUGAUAAUAAGAAAUUAACAAUCUGUUCACUUUUCCAUGUACAUAUUUUGCUAUAACUAAAUAAACAUUUCUUGAACGAGUGGAAAAUGAAUUGGUAUAAACCUUCAACUGCUAUACAAAGCCCCAAUCCUGGCAAAAUUAUGUACUAAUAACCAAAGUUACAGUGGGUCAAUUUGUUAUCCAAGUAAGGCAUUUUGCUGCAUUAAAAUGACCUCAUCUUGGAAUCUGCAUUAUCUGGACAGCAGAUACCACAAUCCAAAACAUUUUUUUGAACCAGAAUGAGUGUCUUAAGGGUCCGAUCUUAGCAGCGAUGAAGAAGCCCUCUCUGUAUUCCUAUUUCCUACCUGAAGGUAGAGGAGAAACUCCAGCAGUUUGUACGGAUGAAGACGAAGAGGGAGGUGGAACUGAAGCUGCGGAUGCUAUUGACAGAUGGAGGGAUUGAGGAGAAAGCCAAGGUUAAAGAAAAGACAAUGACAAUGGUGGCAUUAUUUAUGGUGCGUUCAGUACUUGCCUCAGGCUAGGCCUUCAGUGAGUAAUGUAGUAAAGAUAAAGAUUAUACGCCAGUCAUGAAAUUAAAAGCAGAGUGCAGUAUUCGGCCAUGAGAAAAUAGACAGAGAGCAACUCAGCUACGAGAACAUAUGAUCGAACAGUUGAUGAAGAUAAAGAUAAUAGGGUAGUCAUGAAAUUAAAAUUUUCAACUGUAACUUCUUGUCUCAUCUCAUGAAGUCACUCUCUUUCUUUAAAUAUUUGCGCUCUAACUUUUCUUCUAUAUCUGAUCAGCAAAUAGUAUAUUAGAAGUUAGGCUAUGCUCUUAAAAGAUUUUAAACAAUGCAAACAAGGAUUAAAGAUCAAAGUGUUAUGUUUUCAUCAUCUUUAUUAAAUUCACAGGGGAAGAGAAAUAGAGGAUUUAAAUAAUUAGGAGUUCCUUUCAAGCCAGCUAAUAUUUCAUCCAUGAAAUUGAAGAAAAUGAAAAUAUUCAGAUAAAAGCCAAAGACUUUCAAAGUCUAUCUUUGAAAAGUGUUUUCUACAAUUAGGGAUGAGCUUAACUAAAUGAGUAUAGACUUGAUCCGCCUGCAGCAUUCCUCCAGUAUUACCAACUAAAUCAACUUCCAAACUUCACCCAAGAAGGCAAGAAUGUCAUCCAACCCAGGCAACCAAGAAUAUCCCACAUCCUUCAGACAAACAAAUUUCACUGGAAUUUUCAUCGGAGUAGAUGUAGCUAUUGUCGUUGUUGGGAUCAUCUCUACAAUCCUGAAAGCGAUGCUAAAGAAGGUUGAGUCUGAAACAGGACAAGAUGGCCAUGGCAAACAAGAUGAUGUUGAGUUAGGGAGGACUUUGACGCAUAUUGUCCCUCAAAAAGCUAGAAAUCAGAAGACGAGAAUAAGGCAAAUUGACCAUACACAAGAUGAUCUUAUGCUGAGAAAUUUUUUGAGGCAUAUUGCACCUCACGAGGCUAGAAAUCAGGAACCAAAAACAAGACAGGACAGCUAUAGUACACAAGAGGCUGAUGUGUGGGGAAGGCUUUUAAGGGAUAUUGCAGCUCAUGAGGAUAGGUCUCAGAACCCAACGGCAACAACAGUGGAUGAAGAGGAAACCAAACUAGAGAAAGAAACAGUUGAGCUGUUCAUAGACUACAUGAUGAAAGAGAAGCCUAUCCAGUUUUCCUCACAGGAGCUUGCAGUCUUGACUUGGAAUUACUGCACGAAACUCGGUUCAGGGGGAUUUGGAGAAGUCUACAAAGGAGAGUUUCCCAAUGGAGUGAAGCUCGCGGUUAAGGUUCUCAAGAGCAGCAAUAUAGACAAGAGAGUAGACGAGCAAUUCAUGGCGGAAGUCGGUACACUUGGAAGAACUUAUCAUAGGAAUCUGGUCAGGCUCUAUGGAUUCUGCUUUGAUGCUAAUAAUAAGGCACUGGUUUAUGAAUAUAUGGAGAAUGGUUCCCUUGACAUGACCUUAUUUGGUAAGAAACAGGAGUUAGACUGGGCAAAGUUGUGGGAGAUAGCAAUAGGAGUUGCUAAAGGUCUAGAGUAUCUGCAUCAUUAUGGCCACAAGAGGAUAAUUCACUAUGACAUAAAACCAGGUAACGUUUUACUUGAUUCUGAAUUUUGUCCUAAACUUGCAGAUUUUGGACUUGCCAAGUUAUGCAAUAGAGAGAGCACACAUAUGACUCUUUCGGGAGGUAGGGUAACUCCUGGUUAUGCAGCUCCGGAACUUUGGAUGCCAUUUCCAGUAACUUACAAGUGUGAUGUUUAUAGUUUCGGGAUGAUGUUAUUCGAAAUUGUGGGAAGGAGAAGAAAUCUCGACAUCAAUAAAAGCGACAGUCAGGAAUGGUUUCCUAGACAAAUAUGGGAUAAGUACGACAAGGGAGAGCUGGAGAUGGUUCUCGCAGAUGGAGGAAUUAAGGUGAAAGACAUGGUUAAAGCAAAGACAAUGGCAAUGGUGGCAUUAUGGUGUGUUCAGUACUCGCCUCAGGCUAGGCCUUCAAUGAGUAAUGUGGUAAAGAUUCUGGAGGGUGAAGCUCAAGUUCCAAUUCCUCCAAACCCAUUUCAGCAUUUGAACACCAGAGACAAGAAAAUACCUUCAUUCACAGAGUCAUCUUCGAUGACGGAUGAGGGAACAGUUGGGGAAGAGAGAUUAUACGCCAAUCAUGAAGAAGUACGAAUCAAAUAUACUGCGGCUACUUGUUAACAUAAAAAAAUCUACAACUACGCAUGAUACUAUGGUACUCUACAUAACUAACUAUGUUCAACUAAGCCUAGUUGGUUGAGUAUCAUAUAUCAAGUGUCAUGAGUUUUCUACGUUUAUGGUGCUUGAUAAUAUUAUAGUUUUUCUGAAUGUUGUAAGUUUGUGGAGCUAAAAUUUCAAUAGAAGCAAGGAAACUAAAGAAUAUGCAAGUGUACGUUAAUAAAUUUCGAAAUUUUCAACUAUAACUUCUUGUCUGAUCAAAUUUUCAACUCUUAACUCUUCUUCUGCAAAGCAUAUGCAAGUGCAGAGAGAUAAUAUAUCAUCAGCAGAUAGUAUAUUAGAAGCUAAGCGAUGCUUAUACAAGAUUUUAAAAACCUAUCAAUUUUGUAAUAAACUUCUAAAUCUAUAAAUACAAAUUUUAUAAACUUUUGCUUAAAGAAGUUAAAUUAGACAUGAAUGAAGAAUUCAAUCCUUUAUUCUAGUAAAGAACUGUAUUGUUCCAGCGAAGUGAGAGGUUACCGGAACUUAGUAGCCGAAAAGAGUACUGGUCCGAUUGCAGAGUUUGAUUGACAGUGAAGUUCUGGGACGGCAAAAUAGUAUCAAUCGGGAACUGGAAGGAGGACCAAACAGGGACGCUUUCGUCGAUUGAGGCGGAGGAGACACCGAUUCCUUCAGUGUCGGACUCCCAAACAAUGGCGCCAGAACCAUUGACGAGCGGGAGGUCACCGUUGGAAAGAAAUUGGAGGGCAUGCCGGUACCAGAUAAGGAAUCCGCCGGAGUAGGAGACGGCGGCGACAUAGGAGGUGGGGACGAACUGAGAGAAGGUGUUGUCAGGAGAGGACCAAGUCUGAGUUGGAUUAGAGGCGUAGAGGGAAGACGCAGGUGAGAUGUUCGCUGCUUCUGGUUUAAUAAUUUCCAAUUGCAGAUAUGGAGGAGAAGAAGAUUUAGGAGGAA